CAUAAAACUUCUUCAGCUUUUCUCUCUAUUUUCUAAACCCAAAACCCUGACUUAGGGUGCUCAUACUGUGAACGCAGUAAGCCUCUCGAAUUUGAAGAUGGCGACGCCUUCAGAGGCUCGUGCAGUGAAGUCUCUGAAUAAAUCUUCCGGCGGCCGCCGUUUUGUUUUCAAGACAUUUUCUCAAAGAAUAGAGGAGAUUGACAUAGAUGUCUACCGGAGUCUUGACCCUUUGAAAGCUGAACCUUCUGAAGGCUCGUCCUUUUUUCGUGAUUGUCUUGUAGAAUACAGAGAACUAAACACUGCUGAGGAUUUUAUAUCAAUUUAUGAGGAAAUUUUUCCCUUGGUACAAACACUUCCACAAAUUAUCUUGCAAAAGGAUUUGAUAGUCUCCAGCCUUCUAUCUAGAUUGAAAAUGGAAGGGAGAUUGUCGCAUGAACCUAUACUGAGGUUGAUAGCUGCUUUAUCGAGAGAUCUGCUGGAGGAUUUCAUACCCUUUCUCCAAAGAAUUGCUGAUUCGUUGGAAUGUCUUCUUCAAAGUGGUGCUGAUAGGGAUCCAGAGAUAAUCGAGCAGAUAUUCACAUCAUGGUCGAACAUCAUGAUGUACCUGCAGAAGUAUCUUAUCAAAGAUGUCAGUCAUGUUCUGAGAAUUACUGCAAAGCUAAGAUACUACCCAAAAGAUUAUGUUCGAGAAUUUAUGGCUGAGUCAGUGUCAUUCUUGUUAAGGAAAACACCAGUUCAGCAGCUAAAGAAAGGUAUUGCACAACUUAUGGGUGAGGUUGUAGACGAACCAUCGGACUGGAGAAAAUCUGGUGUAGGUGCAUUAUUAUCUCAUGUUAUGAGGAUUACAUCAUCAAAAUUGCACUCAAGGGCUGAAACAUUAAUGCCACUGCUGGUGGAUGGGUCUUCCUUUCUUGAUCAUCCAAACGUUGAAGAUGCAGGCUCAGAAGCUGUUCUCGAAGUUCUUAUUCUGGCCUUCCAGAGACUGUAUGCAGAGCUAGAUCCCGUGGAACUGACUUUCAUCUGGAAAUGCUUGUGCAGCAAAAUAACGGAUAGUGUGACAAAUGGAAAAUCCUUACACCUGAGCCGGCUUUUAACGCUGCUUAUUUCUGUAGUUCAAAAUGAUUAUCUUCGGAAAAUCUCUGACUACCAAACCAUGGUGGAACUUGUUGGUCUGCUUCUUACCAUGAAGAUUGUGGACCCAGACUCUGAGGUCAUUGAUAAGGUCCUGCAGCUAAUGCUUUGCAUUGUUGAUGGUCUCUCAAAUUAUAAGAAAAUGCAAGCUCUGCUGCAGGUUUCUUCACAAUGGGUGCCAGUAUUUGAUUUAAGGAGUGAACGUUUACUGACUUUCAUUGAAGAUCUUCUAACGAGGGAUCCUAGUAUUCUCAAUAUCUUUGGGACACAUAUUCUUUGUGCAUUCAAUAACUUGAUAGAAGUAUCUGCUGAAAGAGUUCUAAAUUUGAUGAUGAAUUUCUGUGAGAAACUGGGAGGGGAAAUCCCUAGCUUUUUGGAUGGGAAAUCCAGGGAAAAGCUCUCAAGAAUUCACAUUUUCUUUGAGGAAACUCUUCGUUAUUGGUUUGGACAGAUCGAUGAAGCUAUAAAAGGGAAUUUAUCUCCCAUUCUAUUUCAACAAAAUAAGUUGGCAGUCCUCUGGGGCGUUAUUCGGUGCUUUUCUCAUUUCACAGAUGCCGAAACACAUUCAUCUUUAUUGAUGGACUUGAUAAACACAAUGGACAAGCUUAUGAUGGGGGAAUCUAAGUUUGCAGGCUUUCCACAAAGCAUUUGGCAGAGUUUGAUAGGUGCCGCAUUACGUUCUUAUCAUAAGUUAGUUUUUAGCAGAAAUAAUACACAUGAGGAGCUUGCAAUGACCAAAUUCUUGGAUCUUGCGAAAAGAUAUAAGUUUUCACCUCAAAUAUUAUCUGCAGUGGCCGAUAUUCUGGAUUCAAUUUCUGGGUCUUUUAUUCUACCAGACAAAAAAUGCCAAUUUUAUCUUCCAGAAUAUGCUGGUGGAAAGGUGUUGGAUGCUUUGGACAUAUUUGCUGAAAAUUUAUGCCAUGCCCACAAGGAGAUUCGGCUUUCAACUCUACGCAUAUUGUGCUAUUAUGAACCUAUCUAUUAUGAGCAUUCUAAGAAGGAACGUGCUGUUGAAAGUAAUACGAUAAUAGAUGUUUGUGAGACUAGUCAUGCGGAUGACCCCCAUAAUAAUGUUCUCAACCUUCUCAGAGCAAUUGAAGAGACUCCCCUUUCAAUUUCAACAAGUCGUAGGGUCAUUCUACUGAUAUCUAAAAUACAGAUGGGACUGAGUGCUCAUAGAAUUGCUGAACAGUAUUUACCUGUUGUUUUAAAUGGAAUUAUUGGCAUAUUUCAUAACAGAUUCAGCUAUUUGUGGAAUCCAGCCUUAGAGUGCCUCACUGUCCUCAUUGGUCAGUAUUCUAGAAUGGUGUGGGACAGAUAUGUUAAGUAUCUUGAACAUGGUCAACUGGUUUUUCUAACAAGUCAUGGACAGCGUGGUGGAGGCUACAAUGAUUCUAUCAAUGACACUGGUUUGGUUGGGCGCUUCAAUUAUGACAUUUUCCCUCUAUUUGAUAGUACCCCAUGCGCAACAGUUUUGUCUCUCUUGAUUCAGUCUUUACAAAAAGUUCCGUCUAUAGCAGAAUCCAACUCUCAUCAAAUAAUACCUUUGUUUCUGAAGUUUUUGGGCUACAAUGUUGAUGAGAUCACAAGCGAUGUCGCAGCAUAUACACUGUAUAAUAAAGGGAAAGAAUGGAAGGGGGUCCUUAAAGAAUGGUUAAGCUUGUUCAGAUUGUUGCGGAAUCCCAAGUCGUUUCAUCAAGGUCAAUUUUUCAAGGACGUUCUUCAAUAUAGGCUUCUCGAUCAGAAAGAUGCUGACAUACAGAUGAAAGUUCUUGAUUGCCUGUUGAACUGGAGAGAUGAUUUCUUGCUUCCCUAUAGUGAGCAUCUGAAAAAUCUGAUCAAUACCAAAUAUCUAAGGGAGGAGCUUACAAGGUGGAGCUUAUCAACAAAAUCAACUGAUGCCAUCGAUGUGCGGCACAGAGCUUACAUUGUCCCAAUUGUGAUACAAAUACUAAUACCAAAAGUUAGAAAUUUGAAAAUGCUUGGCUGCCAGAAGAAUGCAAGUGUACAUCAUCGAAGGGCAGUUCUUGGAUUCUUAACUCAGCUUGACGUUACUGAGCUUCCUGUUUUCUUCUGGCUGUUGAUUAAACCCCUACUUUCUAUUUCUGAAAGAGAUGAUGCAUCCUUGAAAAGUUUCUCAAGUUUGUUCUCAAGUCCCAAGGAUGAAUUUGAUAUAUCUUAUAUCUUGAAACAUUUUACUACAGAUAUUGUAAAGGCCCUGUCUUGGAAGAAAAGAUAUGGUUUUCUGCAUGUUGUUGAAGAUAUUUUAGCAGUUUUUGGUGAAUCUCAUCUUAAUCCUUUCCUUGACCUACUGAUGAGUUGUGUUGUCCGGAUCUUAGCAAGCUGCACAUCAUCCGGUGGCAGUACAAAUAGUAGAGGAUUGUCUUCUGUACAGAACUGUUCUAGCUUUGACUUGGAUGUGGCUGAUCACAAUGAAGUGGAGGAUGAGAUCAAGGAGAAGAUGGCUGUGAAGCAAUCCAAAGACUUGAGAUCCUUAUGCCUUAAGAUCAUAUAUCUUGUUCUCAGUAAAUAUGAGGAUCAUGAUUUUGGUAGUGCAUAUUGGGACCUCUUCUUUGCAUCAAUUAGACCCUUGAUUGCUAAUUUUAAGCAAGAAGGUGCCAGUAGCGAGAAGCCAAGUUCUCUGUUUCAUUGCUUUCUUGCUAUGAGUAAAAGCUAUAAACUUGUGCCACUAUUACACAGGGAGGAAAAUCUUGUCCCUGAUAUCUUUUCCAUGCUCACUGUCCCAUCAGCUUCUGAAUCAAUAUUGUCUAGUGUUUUGAAGUUUGCUAAGAACUUAUUGAAGCUUGACAGUGAACUGGAUAAUGAAGACACUACUGUCAAGAAAAUGUUGCUUCCUCAUCUUGAUGUGCUUAUCUGCAGCUUGCAUGGUAUAUUCACAAAUGGGAACGAUAGUAAGAGGCACUUGGCGAAGUCCCCAGGUAAAAGGGAAUUCACUAUCUUCAACUUGUUAUCAAAGUAUGUAAAGGAGCCUUCAGCAGCCAAAUUAUUUGCUGAUAUAUUGCUCCCACUUCUUGCAAAGAAACAUCAGAAUUCUGAUACCUGUAUUGAUGUCUUGCAAAUCAUCCAACAAGUUGUGCCAGUGCUGGGGAGUGGAAUUAGUAAAACUAUUUUGAAUUCAAUUGCCCCACUUCUUAUUUCAGCUGGUAUGGCUGUCCGUAUAUCUAUAUGUGAUGUUCUUGAUGCUAUUGCCGCAAAUGAUUCGUCUCUAUUGACACUGGCAAAAAUACUUCGUGAAUUAAAUGCAACCUCAGAAAUGGAAAUGGGUGGUUUUGACUAUGACAAAAUACUCUCUGCGUAUCAGAAGGUUAACGUGCAAUUCUUUUACACCAUCACAGAAGAGCAUGCAUUGCCAAUCUUGGCACAAUCUAUACACGACAUGUCAUCUGAAGAGUUGAUCUUAAGGCAAAGUGCAUACAGAUUAUUGCUCUCCUUCAUUGAAUUUUCUGCUGAGAUCCUUAAUCGAUCUCCAAAAUCCGACCUGAUCUGGUCCGAUGUCAGCAUUCAGCACAUAGUCCACAAUUUUUUCGUGAAACACAUGGGAAAUGCUAUGGACAAGGAAGGUGCUGUUAAAAAGGUAUGGAUUGAUUUACUUCGGCAAAUGGUGUUGAAGCUUCCCAAGGUCGCAAACCUUGAUUCAUACAGAGCUUUGUGUAGUGAUGAUGCAGAGCAAGAUUUCUUCAAUAACAUAGUUCACUUACAGAAACACCGGAGGGCAAGGGCACUGUCUCGCUUCAGAAACAUAGUCAUUUCAGGAAGUCUGUCAGAGGUCAUCACCAACAAAGUGUUUGUUCCACUGCUUUUUAGCAUGUUGUUUGACGUGCAAGACGGAAAGGAUGAACAUAUCAGAAGUGGAUGUAUUGAUGCCCUUGCAUCAAUCUCUGGUUGCAUGAAAUGGAAUCAGUAUAAUGCCUUGCUUAUGAGAUGCUUUCGUGAUUUGACACUAAAACCAGACAAGCAAAAGCUAUUGUUGCGACUUAUCUGCUCUAUCCUUGACCAGUUUCAUUUUUCAGAAUCAUCUUUGGUCCAGAAAGACAAAAAAGUUUCUGCUUGUGCAUCUCUGUGCAAAAAUUUACUCCCCAAGAUUCAAAAGUUGUUGAGCUCUGAUUCUGACAAUGUCAAUGUCAAUAUCAGCCUGGUCGCACUUAAACUUCUAAAAUUGCUGCCCAGCGAAAUCAUGGAGUUGCAACUUCCUACUAUCAUUCACCGUAUUUCUAACUUUCUAAAAAAUCGAUUAGAAAGUGUACGUGAUGAAGCUAGAUCUGCAUUGGCUGCUUGUUUAAAAGAACUGGGGUUGGAGUACUUGCAAUUUAUUGUCAAGGUCUUGAAGAGCACAUUGAAGAGAGGUUAUGAAUUACAUGUGCUUGGAUACACUCUGAACUUCAUGUUGACAAAAUUUCUCAUGAAUCCAAUUUGUGGAAAGUUGGAUUAUUGUCUAGAAGAGCUUCUUUCCGUCGUAGAGAAUGAUAUACUUGGGGAUGUUUCUGAGGAGAAAGAGGUGGAAAAGAUUGCUUCAAAAAUGAAAGAGACCAGAAAGCAGAAGUCUUAUGAAACCCUCAAAUUGAUUGCGCAGAGUAUCACUUUCAAGACUCAGGCUCUCAAACUGCUUUCACCUGUUACAGCUCAUCUGCAUAAGCAGCUUACCCAGAAAAUGAAAUUGAAAUUGGAGACCAUGCUAAGUUCCAUAGCUGCCGGUAUUGAAUGCAAUCCAUCUGUCAACCAGACUGACCUGUUUAUCUUUACCAAUUGCCUUAUUAAAGAUGGUAUAAAUGAUGAAACUAGUGAACAUGAAAAUAGUUGCGGUUCCACGAACAGUGAACUAGACAGAGAUGAUGAACGGGUUAAAACAAUUCAUGUUGAGAGAUUAGUGAAUGUUGAUCGACGUUUUUCUCAUUUGAUAACCGCAUUUGCUCUUGGAGUUCUUCAGAAUUUCAUGAAAACUUUGAAGCUUAACAGAGAGGAUGAGCAACUGUUAUCACUACUAGACCCUUUUGUCAGUUUGUUGGGUCAGUGCUUGAGUUCUAAGUAUGAAAGUGUUAUAAUUGCUGCUCUCAGGUGUUUGGCUCCUCUAGUUAGGUUGCCUUUGCCAUCGCUUCAAUCCCAAGCUGACAGCAUUAAGAAUUCAUUAUUGGUUAUCGCACAAGGUUCGGUAAAUGCUAGCAGCCAAUUGACAGAGUCAUGUAUAAAGUUGUUGACGGCGCUUCUAAGAAGCACAAGAGUUACUCUUUCAGCUGAUCAGUUGCAUAUGUUGAUCCAAUUUCCAAUGUUUGUUGAUUUUGCGAAAAAUCCUUCGUUUGCUGCGCUUUCACUUCUGAAAGCAAUUGUGAACCGGAAACUGGUAGUUCCGGAGAUAUAUGAUAUUGUCCAAAUAGUUGCAGAAUUGAUGGUACAAAGUCAACUAGAACCGAUCCGUAAAAAGUGUAGUCAAAUCUUGCUUCAAUUUUUGCUUGGCUACCAUCUUUCUGAGAAACGCUUACAGCAACAUCUUGAUUUCCUACUUGCAAACCUGAGAUAUGAACAUCCCACUGGAAGGGAAGCAACUCUUGAGAUGCUCCAUGCUAUUAUACUGAAAUUUCCAAGGAAUAUUAUAGAUGCGCAAUCACAAACAAUGUUUGUGCAUUUGGUUGUUUCCUUGGCGAAUGAUGAUGACAGCAAAGUUCGUUCCAUGACUGCAGCUGCAAUAAAGUGCCUUAUUGGGCAUGUGAACUCGCAUUCACUUCAUUCCAUUCUUGAGUAUAGUUUGUCUUGGUACCUAGGUGGAAAUCAGAAUCUUUGGAGUGCUGCAGCACAGGUUUUGGGUUUACUAGUGGAAGUAAUGAGAAAAAGUUUUGAGAAAAACCUUGAUAGAGUACUUCCAGUACUGAGAAAUAUUUUGCAGUCUGCUUUAAGUGCUGUUACAUCAAUUCAACAAAAUUCCUCGGAUGAAGCAGUUGCUCCUUUCUGGAAGGAGGCAUAUUAUUCAUUGGUUUUGUUGGAGAAGCUUCUGUGUCAGUUCCAUAUUUUGUUCUUUGAUAGGGAGCUUGAGGAUAUAUGGGAAACCAUCUGUGAAUUUCUAUUGCAUCCUCACCUGUGGUUGCGCAACAUAUCAAACCGGAUUUUGUCUGUUUACUUUGCUGCAGUAACCACUGCUUGCAGAGAUAAAAAAGUCUCGAUGGGAACAUUCUUUCUGAUGAAACCGAGCAUCCUUUUCCUUGCAGCUGUUUCUCUAUGUUGUCAACUGAAGGUGCAAUUGAUCGAUGAUGCAGCUGGUGUCAUUAUUAUGCAAAAUCUUGUGUUUUCAAUUUGUGGUCUCCAUUCCCUUUUAGUGGAGGUUGAAUUCAUGGAUGUUCCUAAGUUCUGGUCCAACCUUGAACGUGGUGAGCAAGAACGUUUCCUCAAAGCUUUUGGUGCCCUUGAUCCAAGAAAAGGAAAGAUGAUACUUGCAUCUUUUACUUCUGAUGCCAGUGGUCAGCACAAUCAACAUCAGCAUCCAUUUAUCUCCUAUUUGCUUCAGAGGAUGGGAAAGAUAACAUUUCAGAUGGAUGACAAUCAGAUUAAAAUUGUCUUCAAUUGUUUCAAAUCAAUUUCACCAAAACUUCUUGGUUGCUAUGGAAUCUCAUCACCUAUUGGCGACGAUGAUCUCCAUAAUUAUGCAUAUCUACUGUUGUUGCCUCUGUACAGAGUUGUUGAAGGUUAUACUGGAAAAGUUGUUUCAGAUGAUCUGAAACAAUUAGCACAAGAGGUCAGCGAAAGCAUAAGAGAUAUAAUAGGGAUGCAAAAUUUUGUUCAAGUUUACAGCCAAAUAAGGAAAAAUCUCAAAGGGAAGCGGGAUAAGCGGAAACAACAAGAAAAGAUCAUGGCUGUAGUGAACCCAACACGAAAUGCCAAGAGGAAACUUAGAAUUGCAGCUAAGCAUCGGGCUCACAAGAAAAGGAAAAUCAUGACCAUGAAAAUGGGGAGAUGGAUGUGAGAGAACGCCACACAUGUUCAGUGAACCGUCAUUUUUCCUCUCUCCCUCUCUUUGGGACCCCAUCAAAAUCUCCUCUCAAGGGCGACCACAACUAUCCAGCAACCAAGAGCCCAUACCCGUGAUUCUCUUCGUCCAAUGUAUGCAAUAUGGGUAUUUCUUUAAUUAUUCAAUUUACGCGACUUGAGAUGGACGAGGAGGAGGCUGGCUGUGAGCCGCCCAUUCUGAAUGACCUUCAGACCCAAUGUCGGUAAUUGAGGAGAGUGCAGAGAAAUCGCCGGUGGCGGAGAUUUGCUUGCUGAUGAAUAUGCACUUUUACCUUGGGUUCAUGGACCCCAGUGAAGGCUUUAAUCCGAGUUGUUGAAGAUGUAGAUAAUCAGCAAAAGUGAAAUAGGACAUUGAUCACUGAUUUUGGUUUAGCUCAUUGUUGAAUUCUGUCGGUGGUCUGUAUUUUUGUUUCAGCGAGCUUUGUUAUGGAACAAUUCUGUCUGUUAAUUUACAUGAAUUUAUGAAGAGCCAAAUGUAGUUUGUGUAAGAAUCACAAUUGGGCAGGUGUAUCUCAAAAUGCAAUCUCGAUGCACUUCUUUUU